AUGGUCAAGGUCAAGUUGAGAGUGCCACUCUCGUCUGCUCCACGCGAGGCGGCCUCUUCUCCGCUCGCCAAUCCGCUUCGCAGUGCACCCGACUACUCGGACGACGAGGAACCCACCACACCGCGCCGCGACGGCGCUACUCCAGACGAUACCGCCGACCUUGACAACUCGGACGCCGAAGAGCUCGAAGACGACGAGGACGAAGACCCAGAAGCCGACGAACUCGACGAGCUGGACGAGCUCGAAGGUGACGACGAUGCGUCCUCCAAACCCGCUGAUGCUUCGGCAAAGCGCAGAAGCAUCACGCUCAAACGUCCGUCCAAAAGUGGGCCCAACUCGUCCGCCUCUCCCUCCGCUGAGGGCUCCACAAGCCCGCAUCUCGGCGCCAAGGUGGUGAAGCGAAGCAGCCUCGCUCGCACUGCACAAUUGCAGGCCAUGUCCGUGGAAGAGCUCGACGCGUUGCCAGCAGCAAAGAGGAGAAAGACGGCUAAAGCGCGAGGCGCCGCUGGACCAGGCAGAGGAUGGAGAAAGGGGCUGACCAAGGGUCAAAAGCCAGUGUACGAGCUUCCAGCUUCAGAAAGGACACCUGCGACCUUUGGCAACACUGCCAACGCGCGCUCGUCGCCUGUCGCGCCUACAGCAGUGAAGGCAGAGACACCGACGCCGAUCCUACCCAAGCCGAGACCUAUCUCGAUUGCGGCGGUAGGCGAGUCGAGCAGACCUUCAACAUCUGCACCCCACAGAAGCAGUGCACCGUCCGGCGCUAGUGUUCCAGUAUCGUCGAUCAAGAUCAUCUCGGGACCCGGAGGGCAGACAUUCACAGGCGAUCUCAACGCCAAAGCUGGCACAGCGAAGAACCCGGGCUUCCGCUAUCCGCCUUUGCCCAGCUCUCGUGCUGGGCCACCUGUGCAGCCGAUUGCUAGGAUCCCGACAGCCUUCCAGGUGGUGAUCCCGCUAGAGAGGAACGAGAGGCAGCCGAGGCGAUGGCUGAGAGCCAAGAGGGAAGUUCUCAGCAUGGGCGGUCGACCGUGGAGCAUUCCCGUCUUUUACGGUGGGGAGGACAGGGGGUAUGAGAAGAAGGCUGAUGCGCCUGCUCCCACUGCGACCGGUACGACAGCAGCUGGGGGUGCAGAGAAGGUCGUGGCCAAGGCAAGCACGCCGUCUGCUGUGCUGCCCACAACAUCAGCACCAGCUCCGGCGGCAGCAGCAGCAACGACGACCAAGACCGUCUCUCCUGCACCGAGCACCCCCACACCAACCGCGCAAGGCACUGCCACUACAACGACGAGCCUGCCCAAGCCAACAGGAGGAGCGGGCAGCUCACCUCUCCCGCCACCCAAGCAUCUCAAUGGCUUGCAGGCCGAGACCAAUUGGCGCGGUCAGUCGCCUGCGUUCCUGUUCGGAGGGCGAUAA